AUGAAGGGCUUCAACCAUGAGUUCAUCCAGAGCAAGAUACGUAGCUUCAUCCGCCUAGGUACAUACGUCCGUGAUACCUUCUUUUUUGUUUGCCGAUUCGUCGGAACACAUGUCCACCCAUUCUUCAUCCAACUGGCCUACUUCCUUGCCAUUGCCGUGCUCGGUUCGGUCCUCUUGAUAUCGCUGAAACCGAGCAACCCUGCCUUCAGCCCUCGGUACAUCGACAUGCUGUACCUGUCAACCUCUGCAUUAACCGUUUCUGGCCUCAGUACCGUGACAAUGGAGGAUCUCUCGAGUUCUCAGAUCGUGGCCCUGACUCUGCUGAUGUUUCUAGGGGGUGAAGUCUUUCUCUCUUUCUUAGGUCUCAUGCUUAGGCCCAACCACCACCAAUCCAAGCCAAUUGAUCCCACAGGCAACAAGAUCGUUGCUGUUGAGCUCGACAUAAUAGAGGCUGCAAGCGUCACCGAUGUUGUUGGUGAAGAGUUGCAGCUUGAAGAAGCAAUGAGAGGAGCUCCAAGUUUGAGUAGCAGUGAUCUGAAGAAUAGUAGGAGCGUAAGAUACUUAGGAUUUGUAGUGUUUGGCUACCUUGCUGGGACCCAUAUCAUUGGCUUUCUGCUAGUUUUCUUAUACAUAAACCGUGUGCCAAAUGCAAAAGCAGUGCUGACCAAGAAAGGGAUCAAUGUUGCUCUCUUCUCGGCGUCGAUCACUGUCUCAUCCUUUGCCAAUGGAGGCCUUAUUCCAACUAACGAGAACAUGUCCGCCUUCACCAAGAACACAGGCCUCCUGCUUCUCCUCGCCGGCCAGAUUCUUGCAGGCAACUUGCUGUUCCCUCUCUUCCUGAGGCUGCUAGUAUGGUUCCUGGGGAGAGUGACUAAGCUGGAAAGGCUGAAGCUCAUGAUCAGGGACCCCAAGAAACUGCCGUAUUCUUAUCUGCUUCCGAAGUUGCCAACAGCUUUCCUCUCCUCAACGGUUGUUGGCCUUUUAGCAGUGGCUGUCACUCUGUUCUGUGGCAUCGACUGGAAUUCUCCAGUGUUCGAUGGGCUCAGCUCUUACCAGAAGAUUGUCAGCGCAUUGUUCACAGCAGUGAACGCGAGGCAUUCAGGGGAGAAUUCCAUCGACUGCUCGCUCAUCUCCCCUGCCGUUCUAGUACUAUUAAUCGCCAUGAUGUAUUUGCCACCAUUGACAACGUUUGCACCACCAAAUGGAGAUGAUAAAACCAAGGAUGAGAAAGUGGUGCCCAAACAUGGAUCUUUGGUGUUGAAUUUGGUAUUUUCGCAGCUCGGGUGUAAUGUCAUCUUCGUCAUAGUUGCAUGCAUCACGGAGAGGAGAAGGCUCAGAAAUGAUCCACUCAACUUCUCCAUGUUGAACAUGAUAUUUGAGGUCAUCAGUGCAUAUGGCAACGUAGGAAUGUCCAUUGGUUACAGCUGUUCGAGGCUGCAACAGCUGCACCCAGAGAGCGUAUGCCAUGACCAGCCAUACAGCUUCUCUGGAUGGUGGAGCGACGAAGGGAAGAUGCUGAUUGUCUUAAUCAUGCUCUAUGGAAGGCUCAAGGCCUUCAGCACGGGCACAGGCAAAGCCUGGAAGUUAGUAAAAUCACAAUGCUGAACAAGAUUGUUUGCAAAGGCAAACAUAUCAGAUUUAGUGUAUCUAUCAUCACUGUGUUUCCUGAAAGUUCAGGUUCAAGUGUUUUUUUUUUUUUGAAUAGGAGGUUUCAAGUUGGAACAUGUUGCACAAAAGAACAGGUAGGUGCUCCUGAAUGUUCCACAACUGCAAUGCAGAAUUCUUUUCCUU